CAUCUUUCGACCUGCUCCCGUCGAAUCACCAAACAUGACUAAUCCGUUAUCAGCUCGUGUUGAUAACCCCCUUUUCAAACCCAACGCAAGACAGUUUCGGAUGAGCGCAAAAUUUUGGCUGAUCGCGUCCGCGAUCUUCGCAGCGCAGCAGGCCAUCCUGGCUGACGAGGGCAGCUUCGGUGCCGCCACGAACGCCCUGUUCCGGUGCGGCAUCCGGAAGCGGUUCGGUGCCCAGCUGGUGCACCAUGGACGCACGGCCGAGCUGGGCCAGUGGCCGUGGCACGUGGCGCUGUACCACGGGGAGAAGUACAAGUGUGGCGGCACGUUGAUCGACCAGCGCCACGUGCUGACCGCGGCCCACUGCGUCACGCGGGACGAGUCCGGACCGAGGAGAUCCAGGGGUCAGCCGAGGAAGAAGGUAGCUAUUGAUGCGGAGCGGGUGAGGAUUCACCUGGGGCAGCGCCACCUGGAUGAGCUCCCGGAACCGGAACAGGUCAAGAACGUGAGCGAAAUCGUCGUACAUCCGGAGUUUAGCCCGAAUCGGAACGACAUCGCCCUGCUCGUACUGUCCAGUGUGGUACAGUUCUCGGAGUUUGUCAUUCCGAUAUGCCUGGUGGGAUCGCGAGCGGCUCAGGAGGAAGAUUUGGUGGAUCGGCGAGGUUGGGUCGCCGGGUGGGGCAUCACGGAGACGGGACACCUGUCGACGGUGUUGAAAACGGUCCAGAUGCCGGUGGUCAACAAUACGGAGUGCGUCCAGAACGAUCCUCUUUUGUUUGGAAGGUUCAUAUCGCCGAAGAUGUUCUGCGCCAGCGAUCGGAACGGGACGAGCGUCUGCCAGGGUGACAGCGGCGGAGGAAUGUACCUGCUGGCCGGAGAUCGCUGGGAACUUCGCGGGAUAACUUCGUUUGCCGGAGCAAAGGAUUCUAAAGAAUGCGAUACCCAGAGAUUCGUGGUGUUCAGCAAGGUGUCCAGCUACUUCGAGUGGAUCAAAGGCUUGACAGGGGAAGCCGUCAAAAAGGAAGAUAUCGUUCCGAAGCGGAUCAGUGAGUUGAAAUGCCAGGAGUACAGUAAAAUCGCGCGUAAGCGCAACAACGGCGUGUGCCUGAACGCGAGAUCUCCCCACACGGUGGCCAUCAUCGACCGGAACCAGCGGCACAUCUCGAGCGGAACCAUCAUCAGCGAGAAGUUUGUGCUGACCAGGGCGCCAAGCUUAUACGACAUGUACGAGUUGCGAGUGGACUGGGACGAGCUGAGGGUACGCGUUGGCAAUCAACCGGACCGGCGGGUGCUCCAGGAGAUCACCAACCCAAACUACGACUCCAGAACGCUCCGCCAUCAUGUGAUGUUGCUCGAGCUGGAAGCACCGCUCGUGUUCAGCAGUGGGCUGCUGCCGGCAUGCUUGGCCAACGAGGCUACCGAGAAUCUGUACGACACGCUACUCCUGAACGGGUACACCGGAGCGAGCGUAGAGGACGGUCGUAUUGUUGCUCCGAACGAUUUCUUCGAAAGCGUCGACAGCAAGGUGAUGUCGAACGGCAAGUGCAACCGAACCAUCCAAUCACCUUUCCGAGCGUUCAAAGAGAUCCACCCGGAAGAUCUGUGCACCAAUGUCGAGACGGAAUCGAGCUUCACCUGGGCCGGUAUCGUCGGCGGUCCGCUGCAGACGGUCAACACGCGCAGUUGCAUGUUUACGCAGGUUGGGGUGACGCGGCGGAUUUACCCACCGCUGGACUCGGUUCUUCAGUAUACCAUCGUCUACUCCCGCGUAACGGCCUACCUGGACUGGAUCGAGGGCGUGGUGUGGAGUAACGAGACGCGGCCGGAGGACACGGCCGAUAGUGCACCGGGAGAGGCGCCCACACAGGAAGAGGAGGAGGAGGAGGUUGAGGAGGGCGUCGGGCAGACUACCACGGCGAGACCUCUUAGUUUGGGGGAUUUCCGGCCAAUUCCAACCGGAUGGGAGUAACUAGCAACAAGAAAAACUAGAUUGAUGAAAUCAAUUGAUUAAAAAAACGUUACUUAAUCCACCCUUAGGUGGUUGG